CGGUGCUUGUAGCACUUCACUUGUUCACUUCACCCCGGACACGGCUACACUUACUAUCCUUUCUUCCCCAUUCUCUCUGCACGUACAAUAAUGCUGAGGUUACAUAAUCCAGUUCCAUUUUUGGCCACAACUCUCUUCCUCCUAGCCUUCCUCUCCUCUUCCCGUGGAUUCUCUCAUGCACUAACCCCUUCUUCAGUUUCAGGUGAAUUGAAAAAAAAUGAGGGAAAUUACCAUGGAGUCUCCCAUUCUCAAUCUCACACGUUACCAGCACUUCCCCCUUCAGGAAAUGAGGGAAAGUACGUGGUGGGAUUUUCACGGGGGACUCAGAGGUCUGUAGUGGAGGGACCGAGUGUUGAUUUUGAACCUGUGGAGAACCCAGAACUUCCUUUGGCUGCUCAGAGGACUAACCGGAAAGACCCACUUAAUGGGUUCAAGAGAUACACCGGCGGAUGGAAUCUCAAUGAUCGUCAUUAUUGGGCUUCUGUGGGAUAUACAGCAGCUCCCUUUUUUGCCAUUGCUUUGAUCUGGUUCUCGGGUUUUGGCCUUGUCUUGUUCCUUAUCUGUCUAUGUUCUUUAUGCCGUAAAAGGAAGCCUUAUGGCUAUUCCCGAACAGCUUAUGCUCUCUCACUCAUUUUCCUUGUAUUGUUCACCAUUGCUGCAAUCCUCGGAUGUGUUGUGUUAUACAUCGGACAGGGGAGGUUUCACCUGAGCACAACAGAAACAUUGGACUAUGUUGUUAAUCAGGCUGAUAGCACUGUUGAUAAACUAAGGAAUGUGUCAGAUAAUCUUGCCACAGCCAGGCAGAUUGGGGUUGAUCAAGUUUUUCUGCCUACAAAUGUCCAAACUGACAUUGACCAGAUUGAAGCAAAACUUAAUUCUUCAGCAAGCAAUGUUGCUGAGAAAACAGCCAAGAAUUCAGAUGAUACACAAGACCUCUUAGAUUCUGUGAGAAUGGCUCUCAUUAUAAUCGCUGCUAUAAUGCUUGUCUUGACAUUCCUUGGAUUUUUAUUCUCGAUUUUUGGGAUGCAGCUUCUUGUGUACAUCCUGGUGAUCUUGGGAUGGUUUCUUGUUACCGGAACAUUCAUUUUAUGUGGCACAUUCCUUCUCCUCCACAAUGUGGCUGGAGAUACCUGUGUUGCAAUGAAUGAAUGGGUUCAAAACCCAAGCGCUCACACAGCUUUUGAUCAAAUUCUGCCUUGUGUCGACAAGGCAACUGCUCAAGAAACUCUCUUGAAAAGCAAGGAAGUGACUUCUCAGCUUGUGGAAGUAAUCAACCAAGUCAUCACCAAUGUUUCCAACAUCAAUUUUUCUCCAAACUUCAAACCGAUGUACUUCAAUCAGUCCGGUCCCUUGGUCCCUGUCCUCUGCAACCCCUUUUUCUCUGACUUAACUGACCGAACUUGUACACCCGGUGAAGUGAACUUAAACAAUGCAACCGAGGUUUGGAGUAAUUAUGUAUGCCAGGUAUCUCCUAGUGGUAUAUGCACGACAACGGGACGGUUGACGCCGACAUUUUACAGCCAGAUGUCGGCGGUUGUAAGUGUGAGCUUGGCAUUGGAUAAUUACGCUCCAUUCCUGGUUCAGCUGCAGGACUGCACGUUUGUUCGAGAAACUUUCGCUGAAAUUUACGUGGGACAUUGUCCCGGUAUCCUGCGAUACAGUAGAUGGAUCUACAUCGGAUUGGUAAUGGUUUCGACGGCGGUGAUGCUAUCUUUGAUCGUCUGGGUAAUUUACGGCCGAGAACGGCGUCAUCGGCUCCACACCAAACAAUUCACUGAUAAACGUCCUGAAGGAAAUAAGGAAAACUUGAGAGAAACUUCCUAGUUCUUCAGGUUAUGUAAUUCCUGAAUGCCCUCGUGUUUGGUUGAAUGGAAAAUGAAUGGAAAAAUUUUUAGCAAAGAAUUUUGUGGGCCUUUCUGCCUACUCUUGGUAAAACGGGAGAAUAUUCGGAAUCAUGGCGUUCUAUGAUUAAGUGCGAAAUCAUGAUUAAAAAAUAAAAAUAUUUUAAUUGU